AUGUCUGAGCGAAAAACGCUAGCUCUUGAAGAUAAAAUAUCAUUAAUCAAGGAUAAUCAAAAUGAUGAAAAGUCAACCCGAGAUCUCGCUAUUGAUUAUGGAAUCUCAAAGAGUAGUGCUGCCAAUAUCAUUCGUCGAAAACAAGAAUAUUUAUCGGACUACGCAUCCAAUUGCAACAAAGGAAUUAAACGCAAACACAAAGAUGAUGAUGGACAAAAGAUUGAGGAACUGGUGUUUGAAUGGUUUACGAUACAGCGUUCUAAAAACAUUCCAAUUUCCGGACCAAUCUUACAAGAAAAAGUGAGACAAUUUGCUGAACAGUUGGGAUAUCUUUCAGAUGAGUUCAAAGCUUCACACGGUUGGCUCGAAAAAUUUCGCGCCCGUCAUGCUAUUUCGUUUCGAUUAAUUUCCGGCGAAAGUGCUUCUGUGGAUCAUUCUACAGUCGAAGAAUGGACAAAAAGGCUUUUGACAAUAAUUGAGGGAUUCGACAAAAAUGACAUAUUUAAUGCAGAUGAGACUGGUUUAUUUUAUCGUACAUUGCCAGAUCGUUCGUUAGUAUUGCAGAAAGAGGAGUGUAAAGGUGGAAAGAAAAGAAGAAGUCAACGUCGUCGGUGUUUAAAGAACAUCAAUAUAUCUGAUCUCCCAGUUACUUGGCUUGCAAAUCGUACAGCUUGGAUGAAUCUAAAAUUGUUUACGAAUUGGCUCGCUACUCUUAAUAAUCGAAUGAAAAGAAAUGCUUGUAAGAUUAUUCUAUUUCUGGAUAAUGCACCUGGCCAUAUAGUUGAUGAAACUUUUUCUAAUGUCAAAUUAGUCUUUUUUCCACCAAACACUACUUCCAAAUGUCAACCAUUAGAUCAAGGUGUCAUAAAAUCAUUCAAAUGUUAUUACCGACAAAAAUUAGUCAGACAUAUCAUUUCUCAAUGUACUACCGCUCUAACUAUCGAUCAAGUUUCUAUUAGCGUUUUAGAGGCAAUUAAAUGGAUCGAUUUAGCAUGGAAAGCAGUAACGAAUGUCACAAUGCAAGGUGGAUUUCGAGCUGCUGGUUUUAUUGAUUCGUCAUUAACGUCUUUAUCAACAAUCGAUAUUGAUAUUGCUGAUCAAACAAAUUUGCAACUACUAACAGCUGCUGAAUUUGUUGAUAUUGAUUCAUCAAUUCCUGCUUUCAAUGAAUGGGAUGACGACGUACAUUUGAAGGAGCUGAUUGAAAUUUCUCGAGGAGAUGAGAACGAACAAGAAGAAGAAGAAACAAGUGUUACUAAAAAGUUACCCAAUAUAGCAAAAAUCUUAGAAAUGGUGAAAGCAAUUCAUCUUUAUGCAAUACACGAACAGCCUCAGUUGCACAAUGCUUUAUACGAACUGGAAUCACAAUUAAUUGAUGUAUACCUCGAUUCAAAAGCGACUAAACAAACUGCCCAGUUUCAGUCAUACCCAGGUCAACCAAUCCGAUGUUGGAUCCGGUCGUCGGAGCCGGAAUUUCGAAAAUCUCAGAAAUCCGAUAAAAUCAGUAUAUCNGAAACGAUUCGAUUAGUUGGCGCACCUUUUAUGCUAAGAAAAUGUUGUCGAGAUGCACAAACAAGCUUAGAAGACGGACGUCAAAUCAAUAUAAAAGCAGGUGAAAACUUGGCCUGGUAUGGCGGUGCAAGUCAUUUUGAUGAAAAUUUAUUUCCACGAGCCAAUGAAUUUAUCUUCGAUCGAUUUCUAAACAAAAAGGCCGAAAGUGUACCUGGCUAUAUGCCAUUCGGAGGUGGAAAAAGUAUUUGCCCAGGGCGGUUCUUUGCACGAUACGAAAUCAAAACUUGCGUCGCCAUGCUCUUGCGCUAUAUGGAAUAUCAAUUUAAAGAUGUGAAAAUAGUACCAAAGCAAAAGCUGACUCGCGUUGGUGUUGGCAUUGCUCCACCUGAUCAUGACGUGCCUAUUGUGUAUCGAUACAGAGUUUGUUCACAUUGA